CUUGCGGAGCGUCCCGCCAGUCUGCCGAUCAGGGCGCCGAGGACCUGCACGUCCAGGAGCACCACCCUCACCCCGACAGUGCCGCCAGGACUCCAGGACUCCGAACCAUGGUGACGCGACUUCUGUUUGUGGUGGCCGUCGUGGUCGUGGCGGUGGCGGUGGCCGAGUCCGACGGGGAGGCCGAGCUGGGCGGGUCCGGGGAGCGCGAGCAGGGCUGGCAGGAGGGCCGUGAGCGCGGCAGCUGGGAGGAGCGCGGCCGGGAGCGGGAGCGCGCCGAGAAGGAGCGAGGCGACUGGGAGCAGCGUGUGCGGGAGCGCGAGAGGGAGCGGGAGCUGGCCUGGCGGGAGCAGGCCGAGUCCCAGGAGGCGCGGCGCGAGGCCAAGGAGGCCAAGAAGCACAAGCACGAGCUGGAGCUGGACCGCGAGAUGGACGCCGCCGUCACCGAGAAGACCUUGGCGGCCACCACCGUCCAGCUCGGCCUCACCACCGCCACGCCGCAGCCGGCGCGCACCACUGGCCCCGCCGCCGCCGCCACCACUACCAUCGCCGCCUCCACCACCACCACCACCAUCCACGCCACCACCGUGGAGCAGCACAUCCAGACCGGCAAGCCGAUCGACGACGUCCUCAAGGAGCUGCGGCGACCUAGCAGUCAGCAGCUGCGGCGGUCGUAAGCUCCUUCCCCUCCCCUCCCCUUCUCCCCUCGCCACGCCAGUCCGUCGUGCCUCCUACUGUAUGGCACGGCAUCGACGCCAACCCGCCACAACUACCUCACGAAUCCCGACCCACCCCACCGCUCAUCCCCUUCCCCCUCCCCCUUGCCUCUUGUCGCGGUUCUCACUUCCGGUGGAUCUCACCUGUCAAGCUGAACUGUAAAGCUGGAUGGACGGAGCGAAACGACGCCGACGACGCCGGGUUUGGGGCGCGCCGCCGGCCCGCCGGCCCCGCCUGCACGAUGGGCUGCCUACCCGGCACGGCGCGCUCGCUCGCUGCAGGACGCGAAGGAGUCCGCCAGUUGUUUUCCGUCAAAUAAACGCCACGCAACUGCCUGUUUCACAGCUUUGUUGUUGAUCCAUUCACGUGUCCAGAUUAUUUAUUAUUGUUUUUACCCGACCAAUUUCUUACAGUGGUUGCGAAUCAAUGUGGUUACCCAUCCCACGCACCCCCCACCCCUGGCUGCACGGCGGUUCCCGCGGUACCUGCCUUAAUCACAAAGAACUGAAAGGAAGAAAGAAUCAACGUGUGAAAUUUGUACUGUUUCUAUAAAAAAAGAAUUUGUAAAAAUAA